AUGUCAGAAGAACCUGACGAUUUCUCAUUCCCCUCCAGAACUGAAAGUAGGAUAUUGAAAGCUCAUGAGAUUGAAAGACGUUUGACUAGAGAGAAAUCUCUUUUGAAUGGUGAGAAAUUAGAAGAGACAGAGGAAUUGGUUGGAGAAGAAUAUGAUUUUCCUGAAGGUGGUUGGAGAGCUUGGUUGGUUGUUUUAGGUGCUUCACAUUGUGUUUUCGGUACUUUUGGUUUUUUAAACUCUUGGGGUAUCUUUCAACAAUAUUACGAAGAUACAUUAUUCCCAGAACAAUCAUCUUCAGCUAUAGCAUGGAUAGGUUCACUACAAUAUCUCUUAAUCUACUUCCCAGGAUUAUUCAUGGGUCGUCUAGUCGAUUCAAGUACUUUUUAUAAACCUUUUUACAUCGCGGCUAUCAUAUAUCCAGUGGCUUUGAUAGUGAACGCUGAGGUUAAACAAUAUUGGCAAGCUAUUUUAUGUCAAGGAAUUUUGUUUGGAAUAUCUGGAGGUAUAUUAUUUUGUCCAGUUUUCCCAGUUAUUGGACAUUGGUUUCAUCGUAAACGUGCAUUAGCUUUAGGUAUUUGUACAGCUGCGGGUAGUAUCGGAGGUGUUGUUUUUCCUGUUUUGGUGAAGAAUGCUAUACCUCGUGUCGGAUUCCGAUGGACUAUGAGAAUUUGUGGAUUUAUAAUUUUAUAUUGUACUGUAUUCGCUUCUGCCACGCUACGUUCCCGCCUCCCACCAAAACCAAUCCAAGGACCACUCAUCAACCCUCAAGCCUUCCGUUCACCCCCCUACGCCCUCUUCUCCAUAGCAGCCUUCCUCAUAGCUUUAGGUCUUUACACACCUUUGUCAUAUAUCGACAUUACCGGUACUUCCAUAGGUCUUGGUGAAUAUUCAAGUUACUUGGUUGCUGUUGCGAAUGCAGGUAGUUUAGCAGGAAGAUUAUUACCUGCUUUAAUUGCGGAUAGAGUUGGACCUAUAAAUUUGUUGAUUCCUGUAAGUCACUUUGUUGACAUUCAGACUUUCGCUUGGCCAUAUUCCACCACUGGUCCAAGUUUAACGGCUAUAGCAGUUUUCAACGGUUGUUUUCAAGGAAUGUACGUUUCAUUAUUAGGUCCUAGCGUUUCACAAUUAGGUGAUCACUCGGACCUUGGACGAAGAGUAGGAAUGAUACUCUCCCUCACUUCUCUAGGAUGUUUAAUAGGACCACCUGUCUCUGGUGCAUUGUUGAAACAAAGUGGUCUAAAAGGUGUAUCGUAUUUCGCUGGAAUCACAGUGUUAGUCGGUGCUAUAGCUAUGAUGGGAUCUAGAUGGUAUGCUUUGAGAAGGUUGUGGGGUAGGAUAUGA